AAGGAUCUUAUGGUAUGGCUUGUUCAGAAGUGCGUUCACCGAUUUUCAAUUUUAUCAAAUGAUCCUGCUUUCUCCUACAAAGACAGCAAUGUGAAUGCAAAGGCGAUUUGGACCACGGAAAUGUUGGGCCUUAAUAAUUACGAAAACCUCCCAGAAAUUACCCCAACUACCCCAAACAGCUACUCCAAAAUACCCCAGACCAUCCCAAAAUACCUCUAAUGGCAGCAAAAUACUCCAAGCAACACCAAACUACCCCAGAACACCAGAAACUCCCUCUACGGCCACAAGAUGACACUGUUGUGCAUGAAAUUUAGCCAUCCUUCGACCAGUUUUAUCUCAUUUUAUCAAAUAAAAUGCCUUAAUCAAAUAUAUGCAAUUGAUUCUCCAUCGUAGUGGCCCUUUGGUCUCCUUUUCUUGAAAAUCAGCUCCUGGCAGAGAGCGCAGAAGUGCUGCCCCGCUCCUCUGAACUAAAAAUACAUCAUGUUUUUGCCUCGUAGUAGUAACUGAAACAUGGAUACUGGCUGUAGGACUAUAACUCGCACAUGUGGCCUAAUAUAAUAGUAUUUAUUGCAGUUAAAUUAUACAUCAAAUAUGAAUUUUGUCUCAUAUAUGAUUUCUUUCAGCAUCUUGAGAGAAUGGGAAAGCGUGGUUAGGGACUGUGCAAACAUGCUGUCUUUGUCAACGACAUAAAAGCUGACAGUAGGCUAUUUUAACCACAUAAAAUAUGCAUCCAAGACGAACUGAAAUCUUAUCAGAUUCAUGUUGGACCGUUUUUCACAGCUUUCCGUUUCCUUAAAACUGGUCAAACUGAUGUUCUUUGGACAUUUUGCAGGAAAAAUGCACUGUUUUAGAGUUAUUGCUAUUUUCUCCACGGUCCCUACAAGUCCUUGCUCUGAGAGCAGAAAUGGAAGAGAGAACCUUUGCCCAUUUAGAAAUGGAAGAGAAAACCUUUAAACCAAUCAGAAAUGGAAGAGAAAACCUUUAAACCAAUAAGAAAUGGAAGAGAGAACCUUUGCCCACCCAGAAACGGAAGAGAAACCCUUUAAACCAAUCAGAAAUGGAAGAGAGAACCUUUGCCCACCCAGAAACGGAAGAGAAAACCUUUAAACCAAUCAGAAAUGGAAGAGAGAACCUUUGCCCACCCAGAAACGGAAGAGAAAACCUUUAAACCAAUCAGAAAUGGAAGAGAGAACCUUUGCCGAUGUCAACUAGAUUAGACUUAUUACUGAUGCAUUCAUUCUAUUUAUUUAUGACAUUCUUCUGGUAAUUCUACUAGGGCAACAAGUCGGCCUAAUGACAAAAGAGAAGCUGCAAGUUGGCUAACGAAUAGCCUAUAAAAUGUCUGAAGUUGUAGGCAGAAAAUGUUCUAAAAUAGAGGUGGAAGUAGCCUGAGUAGACAGAGAUGACCUCCUGGGACCGUGACAGCAGUGGAAUCAACCAAUCACUUCAGUCUACACUAUGCCUUAAUGACAAUCGUCAAAUGUCAUAACCCUUUUGGUGUUUUAAGAUGAAUGGCGGGUGCACACUGCACUGUUUAGAAACUGUAUUAAACAUGUGCAGGGAGCCUACUUUUUUAAGUGAUUUGUUUAACAAUCAGAUAAAAACAUCAUGCCUGGUUGUUUUAAUAUCACAUUAAAAAAGGUAAUAGCCAAAAAUGUUUACAGAUUUAACUUAAAUGACAUGUCUUUAGUAUUAUUAAAAGAAAAUGGUGUGCACUCAUAGGAGGUCCUGCACCCCCUUUCGUUCCGCUGUCCCUGGCUCCUGAAUGUGUAAUUAGCUCCAUGACUACAGCCCUGCACGGCGCUUUCUAUAGUAGGGAGCUAGGUUUUUUAUUUCCUACAGCAUAACUUUUAGCCAGCGUGAGCACAAGCCGGUUUAUCAAGUGUUCUUGGGCAUAAACUAUGUGUUGAAAUGUAGAAAAUGUAACCGACAGAGCAUAAUUUAUAUGCUGAGCAGCAUAAACCUCUUAAAGAUGCACUAUACUGAUAUCGCUCCGCCAUUUCCUGGUUGCUAAAAUUCGAAUAGUUCGCCUAAUUUAAGUUUGUGACAAGUGUAGUGUAGAGAAUCAUUGUACAAUCUAACCCGCUGUGACAUAUCUUUUCAAUAACCAAAAAUAUAAUAUUUUCAGCUGUUUUGAAGCUGGUGUAUAAAACCAAAAGUAAAAGAUGCAAAAACGAAACUUCAUAACAGGAAGCAUAGAAAUAGCACACAUAGAACAGAUCUACCGUUUCUUAGACUUCCUUUCAAUUAGGAUGACAGAUCUAUAACUCACAUUACUAUGUGAAUUUAGUGGUCCCCAAAAAAGUGACUUAUUGCCGCUUUGAAGAUGUUUAGAUGGUACAAUGAUUCUCUACUUGCUGGUUUUGUCACAAACUGAAAUUAGGCAAAUUAGAAUGUUAGCAACCAGGAAAACGGCAUAGUUCCGCAUAUUUCCGCAUAGGAACGGCAUAGUUCCGCAUAUUUCCGCAUAGUGCAUCUUUAAGAGAAGCAGCACUGUUUACGCCAAGGUUUUAUUGAAAUGAUUAGGAGCAUCUGACACUCUGCAAAUGUCUGGUGUCUAGUAAAGCAGGGGCUCAGGCUCUGGCAACAGAAAUAGAUAAAGGGAACAUUUGACAGGUUAAAUAAGGAUUUUUAAGCCUUGAGACAAAUUACACAUGGAUUACGCAUAUGUGCCAUUCAGAGGGCAAAUGGGCAAGACAAAAAAUGGCUUAUGAACAGAGAUUAUGAACAAUCUGCUGCAUUUAUGAACCCAAAUUUAAUCAACCACUGCACCGGCACCGGACUUUCUAUGAGUAUAGCAGCCAACAGAAUCUCCUACAUCUUCAACUUCACUGGACCCUCUCUCUCCAUUGACUGUGCCUGCUCUUCAUCCCUUGUUGCUCUUCAUUUAGCUUGUCAAGCCAUAAGACAAGGUGACUGCGAGAUGGCUCUUUGUGGUGGCGUCAAUUGUAUCAUACAGCCACUAGUCUUUGUCGCUCUCAGCAAAGCAAAGAUGAUUUCACCUGAAGGCACCAGCAAACCUUUCUCCAGCAAAGCAGAUGGCUAUGGCAGAGGAGAGGGUUGUGGGAUUAUUCUUCUGAAGCCACUAAAAAAAGCUCUCAAGGAGAAUGACCAUGUGUGGGGCAUCAUAAGCAACACGGCUGUAAACCAAGAUGGCCACACAGUCACUCCAAUUACCAAGCCAUCCAUGGUCCAGCAAGAGGAGCUGCUGCGCGGAAUCUAUUCAGAGUCUGACCUGUUAUCGGUCCAGUACAUAGAGGCUCAUGGGACUGGAACUCCAGUGGGGGAUCCCAUAGAAGCAGGCAGCAUCUCCAAAGUCAUUGCCAAAGCCAGACCUCCAGGUUCAGAGACACUCCUCAUCGGCUCUGUGAAAGGCAACAUUGGACACACUGAAUCUGCAGCUGGAGUGGCAGGGCUAAUCAAGGUACUCCUAAUGAUGAAACAUGAAACCAUUGUCCCUUCACUGUUCUACUCUGAGGACAGUGCCAGUAUAGAUGCUAAAGCCUUGAAUGUAAUGAUUCCUACUAAAGCAGAAAAGUGGAGAGAUUCUAUUGCAAGAGUUGCAGGAAUAAACAAUUUUGGUUUUGGAGGAACAAAUGCACAUGUUAUUGUCAAACAACACAAGCAGUCAAAUGUUCCUCAAAAAAGUGGUAGGAAAUCACACAAUUUAUUUGUCCUCUCUGCCAGUUCUGAAAAGUCUAUGAGUAUGAUGAUGGAGGACACAAUUCAACAGAUAGACAGAGACAACAAAGGGGAUCUAGAAGCUCUUGCAUACACAUCUGCAUGUAGAAGAAGCCACUUGAAACAUCGAUAUCGGAAAGCAUUCAGAACUCUCUCUCUGGCUGAUCUAAAAGAUCAACUCAAGUCUGCCAUGAACAAGGUAACAACGCCAUCUUACUCAGAUCCCAGGCUAGUAUUUGUCUUCUGUGGGAACGGUGUAACCUAUCAAGGCAUGUGCCAGCAGCUCCUGAAACAUGAGCCUGUGUUCAGACAGAAGAUCAGCCAAAUUGAGAAGCUUUUCCAAAAGUUCAAUAACAUGAGUAUCAUAGAGAGACUUGAGAGUGAAUCAGAGAGUAAGGAUCUUUCAAAACCAGAUGUUGUCCAGCCCCUCCUCUUUGCCAUUCAGGUUGGCAUAGCCAGUCUCUUCAAGCACUGGGGCAUCAAACCUGAUGCCAUUCUUGGCCACUCUGUAGGAGAGGUUGCUGCUGCCCACUGCUCUGGUCUGUUGUCCCUUGAGGAUGCAGUGAACGUGAUCUACUUCCGCAGUACUCUGCAGAAUAAGGUCACAGGAGGGAAAAUGCUUGUGGUCAGUAACAUGGUCGUAUCAGAGGUCUUGAACCUCCUUCCCUCCUACUCAAAUAAGAUUUCCUUGGCUGCCUUCAACAGCCCACAGUCCUGCACCCUCUCAGGUGAUGCAGAGGCUAUAGACGUUCUCCAUCGAAAGCUGAGCAGCUCAGUCAAGAGUAAGAAUCUGUUCCUCCGUGUUUUGGAUGUCCCUGCUGCAUACCACAGCCAGAUGAUGGAUCCCAUCCUGUCUCAACUAGAGGACAGUAUUGGCUCUUUACAGGUCAAUGAUGUUGAGACACAAUUGUUCUCCACAGUGACAGGAAAGGAGGUAGAGCAGACGGACUUCAGCACAGGCAAAUACUGGGCCAGGAACAUUCGAGAUCCAGUUUCAUUUGAACAGGCAGUGAGAUCAGCAACCAAAGAGAAAAAGAAUGUAGUCUUUGUGGAGAUUGGCCCGAGAAGAGCUCUACAAAGAAACAUCCAGGAGACUCUGGGAAAUGACACCAUAGUUCUGUCCUCAGUGCAGCCAGAUAAAGAUCAUGAGACAAUGCUGAAUACUGUGUCCAAACUGUUUGAGUUGGGGGUUCAGGUAGACUGGGAUCAGUUCUACAGAGGCCGUGAGGCUUCACCAACACCUUUCCCAAGGUAUCAGUUUGAUUCUACUCAGAGAGAUGUUAUCAUUGCUGCAUCAAAGGUACAUCAUACAUCAGCUAAUCAUCCUGUGCUAACUCAUACAGCUAGCGAUAGCAAUAUCUUCAGUUGUGAUCUGUCUUCUGACUCAGUAUCCUACCUGCAUGAGCAUAAACACAAUGGUGUUGCCAUACUCCCUGGUGCCUUCUAUAUUGAGUUGGGUUUGGCUGCCUUCAUGGCCAGUGCCAAACCAAAGGUUCCACUCAACACACUGCUGGUCAGUAUCAGUUUUCAGAGUCCCUAUGUUUUCACCCAGAAUGCACCAGAGAUUAAAGUGCAACUUGAACCAGCAGUGGAUGAGAUCCAUUUUAAGAUAUAUUCUCCCUCCACAAACCAUGCAUCAGGUACAAUAACUUGCAAGCGAGGACAGCUAGCUGAAGAGCAGAACAUUUCGCUAAGCUCCAUCUACAAAAGAUGCAAUUCAGUGUUGAGUUUUGAAAAGUUCUACACUGAAAUUGCUCUGGGUGGGUUUCAGUAUGGCACUGUUUUCCAGAACACGGGGGAUGUACACUAUGGUGAAGAGUUUAAGGAGGCUUUUUCAGUUGUCACAGUUCCAGAGGAAUUGCUGUCUCAGUUGCAUGAAUACUGCAUUCACCCUGUAGUGUUAGACUUCCUGAUGCAACUCGCUCCUGUUACAGUAGCAUAUAGAUCCUCUUCAAGGCCCGGGUUUCCUGUCAAAAUAGGCAGCUUGACAGUGUUUGAACCCCUGCUAGAGGAAAUGAUUGUGUAUCUGAAAGCAGUUGAUGAAGGCGUUGAUCACUUUGAAGUAUGUGGUUGCUUUACAGACAAAGAGGGAAGGGUUUUGGUUGAGCUUAAGCAUGUGAUGAUUAAAUAUCUUGGGAGCCGCUCUCAUGUUGUUGAAGAAUACUUUUUCCACAAUGACUUCAAUGUUGUCUGUGAGGAUAUCAAUUCCUCUAAUGUCAGUGAGGCACCAAAGGCCUUGGUCUUUUCUGACCAGGUAGGCCUUCCAAAAGCCAUGCAACCACACUUAAGUUCACAGUCUAGAUACAUCUCCUUCACACAAUCUAAGGAGGUCUUGAGCCAUGGAUUUCCUACACUCCUGGCAAACCUUAAUAUCACAGAUCUCAACAAACACUUUCAGGAGGUCUUAUUUGUGUGGGGUCAGGAAGAUGUUACGUCACUGAGAACCGAGUAUGUUCUGGAGAAUAUGGUAAGCUGCUGUGAGAUGUUCAGGAAAAUUGUCCUGGCACUGAGGGCCAUGCAAUUUACAAAUUCCAUCAGAGUAAUAACCUACAAGGCAGCGGAGAGCACAGUGGGCCACAUCAGCGCAGGCUUUGUCCUGUCAGGCAUGACUAGAUCGUGUGCUGCAGAAAUGGAAAACCUUUCCUUCCAGCUGAUUGACAUCAAUUCUGUCUCUACAGAGGACAUCAGAGCUCUGUCUCAGGUCUUACAGUCAUACCCUUGCAAAAGAUACCCAGAGUUGGUUGUGAAAGGUGGGCUGAUUUUGAAACCUGAUAUUGUACAUACUCCCAUUGGAAGCAUUGAGAGCACUGGGGGAAGGAUUUUCUCUUCAAUGUCUGAGCCAUGCAUCUUUCAGACUGCUGAUCCGUACAGAAUAACUAGCUUGUCUGCUGUUCCCUGUGAUGUUGACGAUACAAACAUCCAAGAGAAAUCAGUUGAGAUUCAGCUCAGUAAGAUAGCUGUUCAUUCCUCAGACUACUGUCCUGUCAGUGUCUCUGACCUGAACUAUGCUCAGACAAUAUACUGGAACAAUCACACAUCUCAGAACCACCAGCUCCUGGUUCUUGACUUCUGUGGUACUGUCACAGCUGUAGGGAAAAAUGUGAACAAACUGAAAGUGGGAGACCAUGUCGUAUCAUGUUAUCCCAUUGCUGCAUCUUCUAAGAUUGUGAUUCCCGAAGCAGCAUGCUACAAGACAAAGUGGCUCACAUUUCUGAAAGAGGCUCCUUGUGUCUCCUACUUUGUUCUGGCAUGGGAAAUACUGCACAGACUGUUACCUAGAGUCAAACAACAGAGAAGGUUGAGCAUCAUCUCCUCUGUUCCUGACUCUAGUCUGCUGAAGGUCUUAAUCCAAACAGCAAACAAAUCAGGAUGGAAGGCCAUUGUAGGGACACCGUGCAAUGGGAUGUUUGUUGAUGCAAUUCUCCUCCUUCCACCAUUUGAUAAAUCUCUGUUGGCAGAAGUCAGCAAUUGUCCUGAUGUCAGACAUGUUGUCAUUGUCUGUGAAUCCCAGUCCCACUGCUCGCUUGAACAGAGGGCUUUCCAGAAUGUUAAGGAUAGUGUUCACAUACAGACUCUUCAGAUGUCCAGCAUCUUACAAAAGGGAUCACUCAUUACCAAGAGACCACACAUUCAUCGCUGGCUCCAGUCCAUGCAUUUGGACAGGAUAUCAUUUUCUCUAGAGACCUCUACCUUUCAGAGAAUGUCAUCCGGUAGCAUUGACUUCCUGUCUGUUGAGGAAUCUGAGUCGUACUUCAGCUCAAAGACCCUGUCUGUUGUGGCGCUGGGUAAAGAUGAUUCCAAAGGUGCACUGUCCAACAUUCAGUUGCUGCCUAAACCAACCCCGCUUUUCCAGAAGAAGUCUGUGUACAUUGUCACAGGUGGUCUCUCUGGGCUGGGGUUUGAAACAGUGAAGUUCCUUUCGAAGAAAGGUGGAGAGUACAUCGUCAUACUCUCCAGAAGUAGCCCCACACCAGACAUACAGCAGGAGAUAGUCAUUCUGGAGAGACAAUGGAGUGCCCGUAUUGUAUGGAUGGCAUGUGAUGUCUCUGUCUCUGAGCAUGUGCUCAGAGUGAUUGGUCUCAUUGGUCAGAAGUUUCCCUCUUGGCCAAUCAAAGGGGUGUUUCACAGUGCAGUCGUCCUGCAUGAUGGGUUGAUUGAAAACCUUGACAAAUCCCACUUUGAGAAAGUCCUAAAGCCCAAGGUGAAUGGAGCUCUGAAUCUGCACCACGCCACAAAACACUGCAAGUUAGACUACUUUGUGUGCUACUCUUCCAUCGCUUCUUUCCUUGGCAAUGCCUCACAAACAAACUAUGCAGCAGCUAAUUCAUUCCUGGACUACUUCUGUCAGUAUAGACGGAAUAUUGGCCUAUCUGGGCAAUCCAUCAACUGGGGAGCUUUGAACCUUGGUCUCCUGCUUAACAAGGAUCAUUUACACAGGUUUCUGGAGACAAGGGGAUUGAUGGUGAUGGAUGUUACAGAGAUUCAUGAGAGUUUGGAACAAUGCCUCUUGCUAAACAAACCCCAACAGGUUGUAUGUAGGUUUCACAUCAAGAACAUGAUGAGCAAUGUCCUCUCUCAAAAUGCAUCAUUGACCAUGCGUAUGACUGCAUUCGUGGAUGAGGCAGUGCAAAAACUCAAAUUCCAAAAGUCACAGUCUGAACAUACUUCUGUGCCAUCAUCCCCACGUGAAUACAUCAGGUCUGUACUGAGUCAAACAAUUGGUGUUGACAAGAAGGAGUUAGAUGACAAUUCUACUCUCCCUGCCUUAGGCAUCGACUCAAUGCUAGCCAUGACCCUGCAGAACCUCAUCUUUCAGGAUAGGGGUGUGAAUGUGCCUCUGGUUACAUUGCUGGACCCCAAUGGGACACUGUCUACAUUGGUAUCAAUUCUGAGUACUGAGGGUGAAUCUCAGAAUGAUGAUUAGAAAGAGGAAUGAUAGAUGACAUGUUCACAAGACAAUAGAGAUUCCAAUUUAACAUUUAUAGUUAGAGGUGGCCGGUAGAGACAUAUCCUGAACCUAGAGAGUACGCCGGCUCGCCUUCCAUGUCUGGGUGUAUUCCCACCUGUAGCAGUGACUGUCCAGGUAUGUUUUUAGUCAGUAAUCAGGCAGAGGGGGCCGGUAGAGACAUAUCCUGAACCGAGAGAGUAUACCGGCUCGCCUUCCAUGUCUGGGUGUAUUCCCACCUGUAGCAGUGACUGUCCAGGUAUGUUUUUAGUCAGUAAUCCCACAGGUAAGGAAAAAUGUUUGGAACAAAGACUCCAUACUAUUUCUCCCUGAUGUUUAGAAGAUCCAAGCAGCUAUAUUUGUGUAAACAUAACGACUAUAUUUGUGUAAAAAUAAUGACUGUAUUUGUGUAAACAUAAUGACUGUAUUUGUGUAAAUAUAUUUCUGUAAUAAUGAUGUUUUUACACUUUUUUAUAUGUUUAUCUGUUAGGAUAUUAAUCUUAAAAACACGUAAUAAU